UUGCGCCUGGGUGGGACGCGGGGGGCGCCAGAACCCUGAAGGGGUGAUACCCAAGGGGGUGGGUACCCAGGUGCUAGGUGACGCACUCGUCACUCCUGGCUGCAGGUCUGGAUGGGAGUCAGCCCUGCCCCUUGCAAGCUGUGUGAUCCUGGACAAGCCACUUAACCCCCUGCCCCUACCCCAAGUGUCAGUUUUUAUUUGCAAACUGGGUGUAAUAGUACACUCCUAAAAGGGUUUUUUUUUUUUUUUUGAAAGGGUAAGGUUGGGAUCAUCCUAGACUUGCUUCUUCCUAAGAGUUAUCUGGAAUCCCUGUAAUCAGUGUCAUUGAAUUGCACACAGGUAGAAGUUGUUGAAUGGGUGUAUGUUUUGCUGUGUAUACUUUCAACAACAAAAUAUAUAAAUAUUCAGAGCCUCUCUCGGUAGAGACUGAUUCCGGUGGGGUGGGGCUGGAAAUGCUGAUAGCUGGUGACAUGUAUGAUCAGGCAGGUUUAGUAUACGCGGAUGGGUGAGGUACUUACCUCUAUCCAUGAUAGCGACUGUCAUUCUCAGAAGGCCGUGGAUGGCAGAGAAUAUUGGAUAUACUUCGAAGGCCAACCCGAAAGAUCAUACAGCCUUAAGUGGAAACUGUGCUUGCUAUGCAAAAACUUCAAGACAAGUCCCUGGAGGCUUCCUCCUUUCAAACACCGUGGCCCUAAACCCCACCUAUAUAGAAAUUCAGGCUGGUAGUCCCAACACCUGUGCUUAAGAGCCCUUUCUGUAGGGGAAAUUCUCAGAAGGUGUCAAGUCCUAAGGUUUAGCAUUUGUUCCAGAGCCUCUGUACUCUUCCAGUGAAGUUCUGGAGAAUGCUGCUUGCUGAUAUUUGUGUUCCUCUGGCUUGUUUGAUCAAAUCGAGAGCAGGGGUUGCUGGCGGCUAGGUUGAAAUCAGGGUAUUCCCUGGGGUGGUGUUACUUUUUAAUUUGGGAGAUGACAUUUCUUUGUUUGCUGGAGUCAGCUAUUCAGUAAAAGGUGUAGAGGUACCUCUCACUGCCUUCCCAUCUUGAUAAGGACUUUCUUUUCAGGCAGUGUAUUAACCAUAGAAUUCUUUUUAAGCUGCCCAUACUGUUUUCAUGGAUCUUCUGUGAAGCUUUUUAUAGCUUCCGCUGUUGUUUCCAUUGACAGCUUGCAGCUAAAUCUGAAAGCGAUCUGUAGCUGGCCUCCCCUUUUAACUGGAAUCUGUUUCCAGUUCUGGGUUUUUCCGAAUGAUUGAUGGCUGUGUUUUGGGGUGUGGGCAGAGCUACUGUAAAAAGGCCAGAGAGUUUUAUGUUCUUUUGAAGCUGAAUAAAGCUCAUUGUGAUAACAGUGGACGACAGUAGAUAUCUUCAGAGCAGUGGUUAGAAUUCAUUUAUUCAUUCAACAAAUAUUUAUUGAGCGUAUAGUAUGUACCAGGCACCCCUGAGGCCAGCACUAACCAGUAGAGGUAUAAUGUGAGCCACAUAUGUAGCUUAAAAUUUUCUAGUAGCCUCAUUGAAAAAAGUGAAAAGAAAGAAACCAGUGAAGUUGAUUUUUCUUAAAAUAUAUCUUAUUCAGCCUGCCAUGUCCAAAUAUUGUUGUUGAACAUGUAAUCAAUUAAAAAAAAUUAUUGAACUACUUUACGUUCUUUUUCAUAGUAAGUCUUUAAAAUUGGUGUGUAUUUUAUAUUUACGGCAUACCUCAUUGUCAAACUUCUUUGGGGCUCCCCACAUUUUGAGUGCCUACUAGCCACAUAAAGAGCUCUGGUGGUGCAGGAGUUAAGCGGUUGGCUGCUAACUGAAAGACUGGCUGUUUGAAUCCAGCCAGUGGCUUUGAGGGGGAAAGACCUGACAAUCUGCUUCCAUAAAGAUUACAGCCUAGGAAACACUAUGGGGCAGUUCUGCUCUGUUACAUGGGGUCACUAUGAGUUGGACUUGACUCUACAGCACCUAUCAGUGAAGUAGCCACACUGAUGAGUGGCUACCAUAUUGGAUCACACAGCACAAUGGUAGGGAAUAAGGUUCACAGGUCCUGAUUUAAGGAGCUUUCUCUGAUUUCGGUGGGGAUGGGGAAGGGAUAGACCAUCAAUACAUAAAAACGACAUAUAAGCCACUGAAAUGUCUGGGAGUGAUAGUUACAAAGAAAAACAGGGUAAAUGGAAAGUGAUUGGGGCCACUUUAGAGAACAAGAUCAAGAAGGCCUCUGUGACAUCAGAGCUGAGCCCUGAAUGGUAAGAUGGAGCAGCUGGGCAAAGAGUUGGGGCUCUUACCAGGGAAGGAGCUUUCCAGGCAGAUGGAACAGCUAAUGUGAAGGUCUUGAGGCAGGAAAAGUCACUGACUUCCCUGUGGUUGGGGUACUAGCUUCCACCACUGUGUUAAGGCCAAUCACCUGUGACAAAAGAUGCCCAAUCAUAAAUAUUUUCCCCUUCAGCUUGGUUGUCCAAACACAUCCCAGUGCUUGAUUAGAAAACUGAUCUGUGGUCACUGCAGGUACGAUCUGAGAUGAAGCCGGAUCCUCUCUGCUCUUUUUUUGUUUGUUUUUUUUUUUGAAAUUCCACACUAAUUAUGGCUUUCUUUUCCAGGAACCUAGUCUAGCUUGGGCCCAGACUCCCCUUCAGAAUUUCCUUCGUUCUAAAAUGGAGAGAUGAGAGUCACUGGGUUUUCUUUUUUUUAUUUUCCCCUCCUUUUAGCUCCUGGAUUCCUGAACUUGAAAUAGCUAAAGUCCCCAAGUCUCAUAAAUAGAGUGUGAAUUCUGGCUAUGGCUCAUGUGAAAUGUUUGGCAUAAGCAUCUUCAUAGUUUAAGGCUUCAUUUCAUUUAUAUUUAAAGAGAAUAUACCAUGUAUAUUUGUUCAGCAAAUAUUUACUGACUGCCUGCUCUCUGCUAGGAAUUCUGCUAGGCGCUGGGGAGAAACAUUUAUGGUUCUGUUCCUGUGGAGUUGAUGUUUUAGUUCUGGGGAGCAAACAGGUAAUCCAAUGGUGAUGAGUGCUAUAAAGAAAAUAAGGUGAGGAGUUGUGACUUGAGAAUCAGAGAAAAACUCUCUGAGGAGGUGGCAUUUUGAGCUGACACCUGAAUGAAGAAAAGGUAGCAGCCAUGGAAGGACUGUCCAGGUGACGGAAAUAGCUGGUGCAAAGGCCCUGAGGCCAGUGUGCUGGAGCCAGGGACGAGGACACCAGAAGUACAAGACCAGGUGGGAGAAGAAGUCAGAUUAUGCAGAACUUUGAGGACAGGGUGAGGAGUUCGGACUUUCUUCUGAGAGUGAUUGGAAGUGAUUCAUACUUUAAAAUGAUCACAAUGGGAGGUGAGAAUGGGUGAUGCGACAAUAGAGUGGAAGCAGGGAGGACAUUCAUAUAUUUUAAGAUACGUCUUUUCGCAUUUUGACAUUAUUUUGUAUAUGUACAAAUUAUUUCCUCAUCAAGUUGUUUACCUUGUAACAGCUGUAAAAGGGUCAAAGUCUGGAAACGACCAAAGUGGAACACACGCAUCAGGAAGUGACCUCAUUCGGGAUGGAAGCCAGCUUUUAUGAUAUUACUGUAUAUCACAGCGAGGGUGGUCAGAAAAAUCAAUUCUGAAGGCCUUUAACUCCUGAGCUUCGUCAGCCAUUGAGAAUCUUCAACUGGAGUAGAGAAUUGAACUAGGAACUGCCGUUCUCGUUGAUGAAACAGCACAGAUACUGUGCUAAACCCUGGGAGAAAUAAAGAUUAAAUUGUCUCGGUACUUGAAUGUUGUUAGCUGCCAUUGAUUGGGCUCUGACUCACGGCGAUGCUAUGUGUAAGAGCAUGAAACAUUGCCCAGUCCUGCGCCAUCUUCACCAUCACUGGCAUGUUUGAGUCCAGUUGGACAGUAUUCUGUUUUGAUCCAUAGAAUUUUCAUUGGCUGAUUUUUGGAAUUAGAUUGCCAGGCUUUUUUUUUCUAGUCUGUCUUAGCCUAGAACCUGUCCACCAUGGGUAACCCUGCUGGUAUUUGAAAUACCAGUAGCAUAGCUUCCAGCAUCUUAGCAACAUGCAAGCCACCACAGUACGACAAACUGACAGACAGGUGGUGAGUGUUUAAAUGUUGUUAGGUGGUGUUGAAUUGGUUCGGACUCAUAGCAACCCCAUGUACAACAGAACGAAACACUGCCGAGUCCUGCACCAUUGUCACAAUCCUCGCCAUGUUUGAGCCCAUUGUUGCAGCCAUUGUGUCAGUCCGUCUUGUCGAGGACCUAACUCUUUUUCCUGACCCUCUACUUUACCAAGCAUGAUGUCCUUCUGCAGGGACUGGUCCCUCCUGAUAAUGUGUCCAAAGUGCAUGAGACGAGGUCUCACCACCCUCCCCUUCUAAGGAGCAUUCUGGCUCUACUGCUUCCAAGAUUUGUUCGUUCUUCUGGUAGUUUACAGUGUAGUAUUCACUAUUCUCUACCAACACCAUCAUUCAAAGACAUCAGUUCUUUUUCGGUCUUCCUUGUUCAUUAUCCAGCUUUCGCUGCAUAUGAGGUGAUUGAAAAUACCAUGGCUUGGGUCAGGCACACCUUAGUCCUCAAAGUAACAGCGCUGUUUUUUUAAGACUUUAAAGACGUAUUUUCCAGCAGAUUUGCCCAGUGCAAUAUGUCAUUUAAUUUCUUGACUGCCGCUUCCAUGGAUGUUGAUUGUGGAUCCAGACAAAAUGAAAUCCUUGACAACUUCCACUUCAGUCUUUGUUCGUUAAUAAGUUUUCUCCUAAUCCUGAUGCCGCGUUCUUCUUCACAUAGCCCAGCAUCUCGGAUUAUUUGUUCAGCAUACAGAUUGAGCAAGUAUGGUCUGAAGGGUAGAACCCUGACGUAUACUUUUCCUGAUUCUCAACCAUGCAGCAUCCCCUUGUUCUGUUCGAACGACUGCCAGCUGGUCUAUGUACAGGUUCCACGUGAGUACCGUUAUAUUCUGGAAUUCCCAUUCUUCAAAAUGUUGUCCAUAAUUUGUUCUGAUCCACAUAGGCAAAUGCCUUUGCAUAGUCAGUAGAACACAGGUAAACAUUUUUCUGAUAUUCUCAGCCUUCAGCCAAGAUCCAUCUGCCAUCAAUGAUAUCCCUCAUUCCACAACCUCUUCUGAAUCCAGCUUGAAUUUCUGGCAGUUACCUGUCGAUGUACUGCUCCAACUAUUUUUGAAUUAUCUUCAAAAUUUUACUUUUGUAUGAUACUAAUGAUAUUAUUUGAUAAUUGCCUCAUUCUGUUGGAUUACCUUUCUUUGAACUGGGCACAAAUAUGGAUCUCUUGCUGGUUGGCCAGGUAGCUGUCUUCCAAAUUUCUUGGCAUAGACAAGUGAGUGCUUCCAGCCUCGCAUCUGUUUGUUGAAACAUGCCAAUUGGUAUUCCAUCAAUUCCUGGAGCCUUGUUUUUCACCAGUCCCUUCAGUGCAGCUUGGACUUCUCCGUUGAGUACCAUCCUUUCUUGAUCAUAUGCUACCUCCUGAAAUGGUGGAAUGUCGACCAAUUCUUUUUGGUACAGCGACUCUAUGUGUUUCUUCCAUCUUCUUUUGAUGCUUCCUGCAUCGUUCAAUAUUUUGCCAAUAGAGUCCUUGAGUAUUGCGAUUCAAGGCUUGAAUUUUUUCUUCAGUUCUUUCAGCUUGAGAAAUGCCAAGUGUGUUCUUCCCUUUUGGUUUUCUAAUUCCAGGUCUCUGCACAUUUCAUUAUAAUACUUUGCUUUGUCUUCUCAAGCCACUCUUUGACAUCUUCUGUUCAGCUCUUUUGUUUCGUUUCUUCCAUUUGCUUUAGCUUCUCUACGUUCAAGAGCAACUUUCAGAGUCUCUUCUGACAUCCAUUUUGGUCUUUUUCUUUCUUCCCUGUCUUUUUAAUAACCUUUUGCUUUCUUCAUGUAUGAUGUCCUUGAUGUCAUCCAACAACCCUUGUGGUCUUUGGUCAUUGGUGUUCAGUGCAUCAGAUCUACUCCUGAGGUGGUCUCUGAAUUCAGGUGGGAUGUACACAAGGUCAUACUCUGGCUCUUGUGGACUUGUUCUAAUUUUCUUCAGCUUUCACUUGAACUUGCAUAUGAGCAAUGGAUGGUCUGUUCCACAGUCGGCCCCUUGCCGUGUUGUGAUUGUUGAUAUCAAGCUUCUCCAUCAUCUCUUUCCGCAGACAGAUGGGUUGUGGAGUGUUUAAAUAAGGAUGCUUAAAUUCUGUAGGGGGCCAAGAGGAAAAUUGGGUACAACAGGAAAGAAUGAAAUUACCAAGGUGACAUUUAUUUCUAUUUUGAUAGUGUGUGAUCUGGUUAUGCUUCUUAAUUGUGAAUCUGGAUGGCAUUCUUACAAGCAGAAAAUGAGUUCAGGUUGGAAUGUGUGUCAAGGAGUCUUGUGUGGCCAGAGUGCAGCAUGCAGGGAGCUAUCAUGGAAGGAAGACUGUGGAUCAAUGGUGUGGGCCAAAUUCAUGGUAGGCUGGGGCCAAUUGCCUUUCUAAUGAAGGCAGUUGGAGGCUUGGAAUGUAUUUGAAAGUAGUGACAUGAUGUGUGUUUCAUUUUUAGCAUGGUCUGUGGGUGGCCUAGCAGAGAGUGCUAUUCUGACUCAUAGUGACCAUAUAGAACCUAGGCCUAGUAAUCUGCACUAUCUAACAUAAUCCUUGUGUGGUCGCCUCUCUUCUUUCUUCCUCUUCCGGCAUUCCUGGGAAAGUGAGGCUUCCAUUCACUUGGUUCACCCACACAAAGGUUACUCGAGUCAUGGUUAACCAGCAGUACUGAGUAAACACAGUGGAAUGUGGCCUGUGGUUUCUGUUAUUGCUCCGGGUCAUUUAAGUGACAACUCCCUGUCAGAAUCCAAAAAGUGUCACUCCUGGUCAUUGGGAGACUGUGGCUUUCCUGUGUCUGAGUCAGCUAGGUAGUCUGGGAGCCUGUCUCCCCACUGUCUCAGGAAGUCGGAGUGCUUGUUUGAAGCAUGCUGUCUCCUGCCCCAGAGGAACCGCUGCUGCUGGCCGAGCUCAAACCCGGGCGCCCCCACCAGUUUGAUUGGAAGUCGAGCUGUGAGACUUGGAGCGUCGCCUUCUCGCCUGAUGGCUCCUGGUUUGCUUGGUCUCAAGGACACUGCAUCGUCAAGCUGAUCCCCUGGCCGCUGGAAGAGCAGUUCAUCCCUAAAGGGUUUGAAGCCAAAAGUCGAAGCAGCAAAAAUGAUCCAAAAGGGCGAGGCAGCCCAAAGGAGAAGACCCUGGACUGCGGUCAGAUCGUCUGGGGCUUGGCCUUUAGCCCAUGGCCCUCUCCACCCAGCAGGAGGCUCUGGGCACGUCACCAUCCCCAAGUGCCAGAUGUCUCAUGCCUGAUACUUGCCACGGGACUCAAUGAUGGGCAGAUCAAGAUUUGGGAGGUGCAAACAGGGCUCCUGCUUUUGAACCUUUCUGGCCACCAAGAUGUUGUGAGAGAUUUGAGUUUCACACCCAGUGGCAGUUUGAUUCUGGUGUCUGCAUCACGGGAUAAGACUCUUCGCAUCUGGGACCUGAAUAAACACGGUAAACAGAUCCAGGUGUUAUCGGGCCACCUACAGUGGGUGUAUUGCUGCUCCAUCUCUCCAGACUGCAGCAUGCUGUGUUCUGCAGCUGGAGAGAAGUCUGUCUUUCUAUGGAGCAUGCGCUCCUACACGUUAAUCCGGAAGCUAGAGGGCCACCAAAGCAGUGUUGUCUCCUGUGACUUCUCCCCCGACUCUGCCUUGCUUGUCACGGCUUCUUACGACACCAACGUGAUCAUGUGGGACCCCUACACUGGCGAGAGGCUGAGGUCACUCCACCACACCCAGCUUGACCCCGCCAUGGACGACAGUGAUGUCAACAUCAGCUCGCUGAGAUCCGUGUGCUUCUCUCCUGAAGGCCUGUACCUUGCCACGGUGGCGGAUGACAGACUGCUCAGGAUCUGGGCCCUGGAACUGAAAACUCCCGUUGCAUUUGCUCCUAUGACCAAUGGUCUUUGCUGCACAUUUUUUCCACAUGGUGGAGUUAUCGCCACAGGGACAAGAGAUGGCCACGUCCAGUUCUGGACAGCUCCUAGGGUCCUGUCAUCACUGAAGCACUUAUGUCGGAAAGCCCUUCGAAGUUUCCUGACAACUUACCAAGUCCUAGCACUGCCAAUACCCAAGAAAAUGAAAGAGUUCCUCACAUACAGGACUUUUUAAGCAACGCUCCAUGGAGUCUUUCUUUGUAGCAGCCUAAAUCUUCCUGGCAGAGGCAUGCUGGAAUAAUGGGCCAGACAUCUGGUCUUUGGAUGGAAGUACAACUCCUGUUUGGGACUGUGAAUAGAAUGUAGCAAAACCAGGUUCCAGUGGACUAGUCCUGGGUCCUUCUCUGACCUGUGAAAGGCAGUCUCAGAGGCAUGGAUUCCGCGCCUCUGGCCACGGAGCCUCACCUGAAAUCUUAAGUCUAUUCAUAAACAGCAACGUUGAACUUUUUCUAGUCGUUCUGAUUCAAAGUGCAGUUAUUGAUGUUGUUCUGUUGAUAAAGUAGCUGGGCCUCCAGAGCUUCUCCUUAGUGGCAGAGAAGUUUAAUUUCCCUCAAUGGGAAAAAACCAAUGACUUCUGCCUAGUACCUGCCAUUGUUAGGUUUUUCCAGUGCAGUGGUAGCUUGUUUCAAGUUCUCUCCUGCUGUGGUCAGAGCCACUUUGAUGUUGGCAAAUGCUUUCCUUCCUCUGGCACCCCUCUGACCCCCAGUAGAACAUUUUCCUGGAGCUUAACUAAUUACAGGUGAAUCAGAGGUCUGUUCUUGACUGGUCAAGACACUAUUAUUUUUAUUUCUAACAGUGGCACGCAUGUGCAGAUGACAAAUUGGUGUAAGAUUACAGAAGGAUGUAUUCCUAAACUGCAUGACUUUAAAAUGGCUACUGAGCUUUCAGUUGUUUGCCAUUAAUUAGCAUAUUUAUUUGUGUUCUCUCAACCAAUGUUAAGGUACAACUGUGUUUUUCUCGAUGUAUCUAAAAACCGUAGUCCUUAAGUUCAACAGUUGCGAGAUGUCUCUUCAUUGCGCAAAACCCUGGUGGUGUCAUCACUUUAGCUGAUGUUCUUACGUGUGAAAACCGACUUUGCCGCUGAACCUCAUUGGACUGCUCAGCCAGUUUCAGCUCUAGCCCCUGGACAAAAUAGCUCCUCAAAAGCACUGUUCUCCUUCAGUGGUAUAGAGUUAUCCAAUCAAGACACCUCAUUCAAGGAAAAUCUGCCUUAGGAAAUUUAAUAUAUUUUAAAUUAUUUUAAAAGAAAUCCAACACCGUAACCUUUGGCUUUCUUAACGGGUUCUUUCUGGAGACCAGUUAACAUUACAAAAUUGUUGAGAAAGUAAAGGACCCUCCUGUACUAGCUGUGUUACUGAAGAAAAGCGUUUCUUUUUGAAAUGACAGGCUUUCGUUGAAGGGAAGAAACAGUAAAAAGCUUUUGGCUCUGUUUCAUUUUUUUCUAUUAAGAAAAGAAAGCACCUCUUAGAACAAGUAAUACAGAAUAGCUGAGAAUGAAUUCAGUUUUUUUACGGUUGCCCUGAAAUACAUUGUAUAGCCUGAGAUCCCGGGUGCCUUCCUGUGCGACCCCACUUGGCCAUUAGCCUUCAGACUUCUGCUGGUGCCCUCAGGGAGCAAGUUUUCUACGUGUGACAGAAAUGACAGCCUUCUCCCUUGUCACAGAAGAAUCCAACACCUUUAUAAAGAAUAGCCUGCUAUGGAGAGUUUAUUCUGUGGUUUCAGAGAUGUAGAAGGCUUUAAUAUAAACACGAGUAAGCUAGCAUCUUCAUAACUGGCUAAGAGUCAUUUGUAACAACUAAACUUUUUUUUUAAAUUGUUAGGAACAUGAACAUAAAUGCAGCAUCAUUGCUGUAAAAUAAGCUGCUAAACUUGUAUGAAAAUCCCAGUCCUUUCAGCUCUAGGUUUAGUCAGGCUUAAUCUCAUAUGUCCUUGCAUUAAACAAGUGAGCUGUGUACAACCACUGGUCCCCCUGGCACAACUGAAAGGCUAGCUCUAUGUUAUAUUUAAAUUGUUUUUUUUCCUACGGUCCACACCACAACCAGGAAGCUGCUGGUAACUAACUGUCUACUUAAGAGGAGAAAUAAAAAGUCCAGUUUUUAAAAUAAGAGAAUUGAGUCUGUUUUCUAAGAGUAUAAUAGCCUUGGCCAGAAAUCCAUUAACACCUAUUUAAAGUCGAUGUAGACACAGUGCCAAGAUUAUAUAUGUAAAGUUAAUUUUGGAGAUCUGUUUACCUAGAGUUAAAAGACACAUGGGCUGGGUUAGAUUUGAAAGCCUUAUGUCCUGAACCAAAAUGGGGUUGGCCAGUUUCAUCUCAUGUCAUCCAAGCAACUGAUGGGUGGAAGCCUUAAGGCUGGCAAGUUUUAUUUCCUCCUGUAAAAGACAAAUGGGUGGUGGAGUAAGACAGUUGUACAUUAAAACUUUUGUACAUCCCUGCUCCAAACUGCCACAAACGCAGUACUUUACAUUAUCUGCCCACGCAGGCCUGGAAUAGAAUUUUCCAAGACUUGGGGUGACUGUGGCUUUAUCGCACUGGCUUAGGGCAGCAGUUUGUCCCAUAACUGAGUCUUCUGGUCUCUGAUCGCUGCUGGACGCUGGAAAUUGUAGUGGACGGGCCCUUGCAUCUAGGCCUGUGCGACAAUCAAGUCUCUCGUGACUUGAAAAGCAGCAAUAAGGGAACUGAGCUGAAUCUUCUCAUUGGUGCCAAGAGAAAGUCUGUACCUAAAAGAAAUGCGACAAAAGGUAAGACUAAAGAAAACUACGAACAGCUGCCUUUUAACAAGAAAACAACAGGGAUCAAAGACUGAAAAUCUACUGAGGGAGGGAGAUGGGAAAUGAUAGAAGUUCAUCUUGGAUGGGAAUCUUCUAUGUGUCCUCCUAAUCCUUCCUUCCCUGCCCUCAAACACUGAUUUAUAAAUCUGAUUCAAACAUGAGGGGGGAAAAAAAAGUAUAUAUAUAUAUAUAUAUUAGUUACCAGUAGUGUUCUGAACUUAACAUUGCUUUAACUCUACAGAGAUGCACAGAAUUUAUGUGAUUAAGGAUUAUUUCUUCAUCCACAGAAUGCACUGAGAGGAAUUCUAACUAGGUUUCCUUCCUCUGAACUAAGACAUUUCACUGGGAAUUCUGGUUGACGUAUCUGUGGUUUUGUCUCUACUCAGUAAACCAGGACACUGGCAGCUCCUCUCGCCACCUUUUAAGUACCCAGCCGAAUGCAAAAAUCGUAAUAUUCACAACCUGGUGAAAAGAAGUGACCUAAUUUGUCGAUGUAAAAGCCAAUGACCAGCAAAUGAGUGUGCCUAUGUUGACAUCUAUUUUGAACCCAAUGCUUUGUCUACUUAAGUGAUAGCUGCCAGCUCCAUUGGGGGCUAAUAAUAGCGUUUACUGAACUAGGCAAACUGGAAAAUUGGGUUUAUGUUUGCUUUUCCCCCCAAUAUGCCUGAGUAUGCCAAAAUGCCUGAGUAACAGCUGGAUGGCCGGUCGUCCCCAAGUGACCUAGAUGUCGAGAACUGAAAAGCUGACUGAAACAGGCCUCCCAGAUAACAAGAGAAUGUUCCGAAUCAGUGUGGGCCACGCUUUGCAGGUCUGAGGAGAGACCUGGGAUCUGUCCUUUGUGUUUGAUUUACUUUUUUAAGUAACUCAACACCCUUCCUUUCUCAUGUUUCAUUCAAUACCACCAAGAACUAGAUACAGUAUCUGAGUAAUUUAGACAAAACAGUUGAAACCAAGCAAGCAGCAACGAAAACCCAUGAAAGAAAAAAUGAAAAGAAUUAAAAAUAGAGAAAUCAGUACUCACUCGAUGUCUGCCAUUUUGAUCAAUAAAUGUAUUCGAACUGAAGAUGGAAAGUCAACUGAGGAGAAACAAAAUAAAAUGAGUGAGGUAUGUCACUCUAUCCUAUUAAAAAAAGUCAAAGGAGACAAGUAGGAGUUUGAGCAUCAACCAGUUAACACUAACUUCUCUUGAGGGCUCAGCCUUAUCACUACAUACCAUACCUGUGAGAAAGUAAAAAUGGUACAGUUUUUCACACUGUAUCUAUUCCACUUUGUGAUUCUUCAUCAUGUAGCCAAAAAAAAAAAAGAAAUACAGCAGUUUCCAAA